AUGGCCACCCGCAAAAUCCGUAUCGUCUGUAUGUCAGACACCCACAACCAUGCACCAGGCGAAGGCUACACCGUACCACAAGGCGACCUCUUCAUACAUGCUGGUGACUUGACUAACCAGGGUAGCCAUGCAGAGCUUAGGAAAGCUGCCCAUUGGCUUGGGCAACCAACAUUUACUGCAAAGGUAGUGACCGCUGGCAACCACGACUUAUCUCUCGACGAACAAUACAGCACCCAGUCCGCUGAGGGUUGGGCUGUGCAAUCAGAGAAAGUGACGGAGUGCCAAGAACUCUUCGAACAUCAUGAAUCUUUCACUUACCUGCAACACUCUUCCACAACUGUUCGUCUCGAGGACAAGAAUGUCAGCCUGCGAGUGUUCGGUUCUCCAUUCUCGCCAGACAGGGGUACUCAAAACUGGGCUUUUCAGUACCCUCCCGACGAAAGCGAGGCCCUGUGGCAAGCCAUCCCAGAAGACACAGACGUCCUCAUAACGCAUACUCCACCUGCUGGUUACUGCGACACAAGCGCACAUUGGGUAGAAGGCGGCUGUGCGUCGCUCCUGAGGCGUCUGUGCCAAGUGAGACCUCUGCUGCACGUCUGCGGUCACUGCCAUGAAGGACGCGGUGUGCAGAUCAUUCGCUGGAGCGACUCUGCGGGUGAGGUUGAAAGCGUGCGAACCUGGCGGGAUCCGGGUCGCAGCAAUAAGAAGAUGUCGUUGCUCGAUUUGACAGGCGAUCGCGACGGCCUACCGCUUGAGGUGGGUAAAGAGACGGCCGUAGUAAAUGCAAGCAUUAUGGCGAAGAGCUUCGGCCGUGGUAGCAAAGCGUUCAACAAGCCGAUUGUAGUUGACAUCAGUGUUCCGGCGUCCGACCAUACACUGUCGGACAGAGAAGGACGAGGAUGA